AUGGACUCCAAGACCACCCCACCACCGGACUCAACCGAAAAGCUCAUCAUCCGCCGGAUGACACCCCCCGAUAUCCCCACUAUGGCCCGCAUCGCCUGCACAGAAUACUUCGACUCCCCAUUGAAUACAUUCCUCUGUCCCCACCGCCAUCAGUACCCAAACGACCUCCUCCGCCGCUUCGUGCAGAUGAUCCGGGGCCGAUACCUGAGUCCCCGGAGUAUCGGCUUCGUAGCGGUCUCGGCCUCUGCGCCCGGGAUCCCACUCGGCUAUGCGCAAUUCAUCAGGCUAGGAAAUGACGAUGCUGCGAAGAGAUUAGUUUCAGCGCAGGCUUCGUUUUGGCUCAGUGUCAGGAGAUGGUGGAAUAGUCUCUGCACGACGAUUGAGAAUUAUGUUUGGCCGGAUAGGUCACUAGAUGAAGAUGCGAUGCAGCAAUUCGACGCCUCUGCUGAGAUUGAUGAACGGACGUUUUGGGGGUCCGAUGAGAUGAAAGCCAGGUAUGGGGAGAGGUGGCAUGUGCAGAGUGUGGUUGUUUCGUCGAAGUGUCAGCGCAGAGGACUUGGAAGGAUGCUCAUGGGAGAGGUGUUGCGGAGGGCGCAGGAGGAGGGAGUUGUAGUUGGGUUGGAGGCGAGCAAAGAUGGAGAAAAGUUGUAUCAGAGUUUGGGGUUUGAGCUACGAGGAAGGUUUUCGAGGAAUUUUGGAGAGGUGGUUGGAGGUGUAAUGAUGUGGUCGCCUAAGAACUUGCAAUAA